CAAAUUGCCCAUCAUUAACCAUUUAAUUUUUGUUUUUUGUUUUCUUAAAGGAAAAAACAAACAAACAAACCCUAGCAAAGACGGCAAUGGAUUUCACCUCCGUCGUCGCCAAGAAAGACACCAGCAGUGGCACAGCGCUUCUCCUAGGACGUUACGAGGUCGGAAAGUUACUCGGACACGGCACUUUCGCCAAAGUUUACUACGCGCGAAACGUCAAAACCGAUGAGAGUGUGGCCAUCAAAGUGUUGAACAAGGAGAAAAUCCUCAAAUGUGGCUUAAUGGCUCAAAUUAAGCGCGAAAUCGCUAUCCUCCGCCGUGUCCGCCACCCAAACAUCGUACAACUCUUCGAAGUCAUGGCCACCAAGACUAAGAUCUACUUCGUAAUGGAAUACGUCCACGGUGGUCAGCUCUUCCAGAAAGUCGCCAAAGGCCGAUUAAAAGAAGACGCCGCCAGGAAAUACUUCCAGCAAUUGAUCUCAGCUGUUGAAUUCUGCCACGCACGCGGCGUUUACCACCGCGACUUGAAGCCCGAGAAUUUACUCCUCGACGAAAACGGGAAUUUGAAAAUCUCUGAUUUCGGGUUAAGCACGGUUUCGGAUCAGAUCAGGCAAGACGGUUUGUUCCAUACUUUUUGCGGGACCCCUGCAUAUGUAGCACCGGAAGUUCUGGGGAGGAAAGGAUACGAUGCGGCGAAAGUAGAUAUAUGGUCUUGCGGGGUGAUUUUGUUUGUUCUAAUGGCAGGGUAUUUACCUUUUCAUGACCAUAACAUUAUGGCCAUGUAUAAGAAGAUUUGCAAGGGUGAGUUCAGGUGUCCCAAAUGGUUUUCACCCGAUUUAAUUCGGUUACUUACAAAGCUUCUCGAUACGCACCCGAAAAAGAGAAUAACGAUAUCGGAAAUCAUGGAGAACCGUUGGUUUAAAAAGGGUUUUAAGCAUAUUAAAUUUUACAUUGAAGACAAUAAAUAUUGUAGUAUUGAGGACGGUGACCACGACGUAGGAUCAAGCUCGGACCAUUCAACAUACUCAGAGUCGGGUGCUGAGUUCGAAACUAGGAAGAAAGUCGCUUCACUGCCGAGGCCAGCUAGUUUGAAUGCGUUUGAUAUUAUAUCGUUUUCGCCGGGGUUUAACUUAUCUGGAUUAUUUGAGGAAGGGGAGGAAGGGUCAAGAUUUGUGUCUGGGGCACCAGUUUCGAGAAUUAUAUCAAAAUUGGAAGAGAUAGCGAAGCUGGUUAGUUUUACAGUGAGGAAAAAGGAUUGUAGAGUUAACUUGGAGGGUUCUAGAGAAGGCGCAAAGGGGCCAUUAGCGGUUGCUACUGAGAUUUUCGAGUUGACGCCUUCUUUGGUUGUUGUGGAAGUGAAGAAGAAAGGAGGGGACAGAGGAGAGUAUGAGGAGUUUUGCAACAAAGAACUGAAACCUGGGAUAGAGAAUUUGACACGGGAGCAAUCACCGGAACCGGAACCGGCACCCGCACCUGCUGAUGCCGAUAAAUCUUAUGCCAUUUCAGAUACGGAAGAGAAUUGAAAGAGAGGAUGAAGGGAGAAGGGCAAUCUUUUUCUUCUCUUUCAACUCUUGGGAUCCUGUAUCAUGAAAAAAGGUAUCUUUCGUUAUGCUACAUGUGUGGAGCUUGAGAUGACAGAUGCAUUUGUAUGAUCUAUUCGUGCUUUGAGAAUGGCAGAUUAGAUCGCAGAGAGUUGAAUACAAAGUUCUACUGAUCCGGAUCCCAGCAAUUGCACUUUUGUAGUUUUAAUUAAUUAGCGUGACGAGAGAUUAUUAUAUAGACCCUACUCACUAUAUUAUAUA